GAAAAUCUGGUCACCAAAUUCAACGUCAAUAAUUAUGCAGACACUAUAAAUAAAUGUGUCUAGAACCAGCUUUCGCCAUUGCUGCUGUGGUACUCGCUAUACACCAAACACAAGCUCAAAAACAGUAACUAUAUCAUACAUAGAAGAAAUGGUGAUUAAACAUGUUGAGAAAGAAGAAGAAGCCCCAAUUCAUGGAGAUAUAUUAGAAGUUGUGCUAUCGCACGUGCCACUCACUGACCUUGUUCUCGCCUCCCACGUGUCCCAUUCAUGGAACGGCGCCGUGUCGUCAUCGCUUCGCUACUACAACCAUCCAAAGCCGUGGCUACUCUACCACACGCAAACUUCACGCCCACCGUACGCCACUACCACGCACGCGUAUGAUCCACGCUCCGACGUUUGGAUACGUUUCGAAAUGCCGUCAAUUAAGUACGUUAAUGUUCUCCGUUCAUCGUAUUCCGAUCUUCUCUACAUGCUCUCUCCGUGGAGCUUCGCAUUUUCUGUAGACUCGCUGCACUUAACGUGGCAGCACGCGCCUCCGCCGUCAGUCUGGAGAACCGAUCCGAUCGUCGCAGUCGUCGGUCGCCACGUUGUAGUCUCAGGCGGCGCGUGCGGAUUAGAGGACGACUUGCACGCGGUUGAAAUCUACGACAUCGAUUCCGGCGCGUGGACUGCUUGCGACUUCAUGCCGUCCUUGCUCAGAGACUCCGCCGCAUCGACGUGGCUCUCCGUCGCUGUGGACAAUCACAAGCUCUUCGUCAGCGAAAAACACUCCGGCACAACUUAUGCAUUCGAUCCGGUGACAACGAAUUGGUUCGGACCGUUCGAGAUCCGACCCGACCCGAAGAUGUUCUACUCCGUAAUCGGAUACUCAAACAAUCGUCUUAUCGUGACAGGACUUCUAGGUCAACCGGAAAACGUCGUCGGAUUGAAAAUAUACGAGGUGAAUACACAAUCAUUUAAUUGCGAAUUAAUCGCAGAGAUGCCUGCGUGUUUAAUCGAGAAAAUGAAGCGCGAAGUUUUCGAGAUCACAUCGAUUGGAGUUUGUACGGCGGGAAAUUAUAUGUACAUAUACAAUCCUGGUGAGGUGGGAGAAGUGUUUGUUUGCGAAGUCGUUGACGGCGGUUGUAGGUGGCGGAGUAAACGGAAUGCGGCGGCGAAUGAUCGGAGGAAAUUGUAUAGGAAUGUGUAUACUUGUGGUCAAGUGAGUGUGGAUGAUUUGAACAGAGCCAUGAGAUUGGAAAAUUGGCGGUUUCUAGAGGCUGACUCGGACUGAGUCUACUCGGUCGAGUCUUUUGCAAGUGCCCAGUGGGGCUCACUGCUCAUCUGGGUACAUUUGAAGCACUCUUCGGUGUUCUGAUUAAUCGGGAUUUCAGUGUUCUUCUUAUAUAAAGAGUCACUUUUUAUAUAAAUUAAAGUUUUAUUUUGAUAUUGCUGUCCAGGCAUUAUUGAAGUCUUUGUCUUAAAAAAAAAAGAUUAUUGAAGUCUUCGAAAUAUAUAAAAAUUACCAUGUGUUUUGGUAUC